UCGGAGAAGUCAUCUUAUUUCCCAUAAGAUAAUCCACACAGGAGAGAAACCCUAUAAAUGCAUGGACUGUGGAAAGGCCUUUGCUCAUAGCAAUACACUUACUAUCCAUGAAAGGAUCCACACAGGGGAGAAAGCCUAUAAAUGCAUGGAGUGUGGAAGGACCUUUGCUCAUAGCAAUACACUUAUUAUCCAUGAAAGGAUCCACACAGGGGUGAAACCAUAUAAAUGCAUGGAAUAUGGAAAGAUGUUUGCUCAUGACAAUGGACUUAGAACCCACAAAAAGAUUCACGCAGGAGAGAAACCCUAUAAAUGCAUGGUGUGUGGAAAGACCUUCGCUCAUAGCAAUACACUUACUAUCCAUGAAAGAAUCCACACAGGGGAGAAACCAUAUAAAUGCAUGGAUUGUGGAAUGACAUUUGUUCAAAGAAGUCAUCUUAUUUUACAUAAGAUGAGCCAUACAGGGGAGAAGCCGUAUAAAUGCAUGGAGUGUGGAAAGACCUUUGCUUAUAGAGGUAUACUUAUUUCCCAUAAGAUGGUCCACACAGGAGAGAAGCCAUUUAAAUGCAUGGAGUGUGGAAAGACCUUUGCUCGGAGCAGUGGCCUUAGAAGCCACAAAAAGAUCCACACAGGAGAGAAACCAUUUAAAUGCAUGCAGUGUGGAAAGACUUUUGCUCAAAGGGGUAAUCUUAUUUCCCAUAAGAUGAUCCACACAGGAGAGAAACCAUUUAAAUGCAUGGAGUGUGGAAAGACCUUUGCUCAUGACUGUGUUCUUAAAAGGCACAAAAAGAUCCACACAGGAGAGAAACCAUUUAAAUGCAUGGAGUGUGGAAAGACCUUUGCUCAUGACUGUGUUCUUAAAAGGCACAAAAAGAUCCACACAGGAGAGAAACCAUUUAAAUGCAUGGAGUGUGGAAAGACCUUUGCUCAUGACUGUGUUCUUAAAAGGCACAAAAAGAUCCACACAGGAGAAAAACCAUAUAAAUGCAUGGAGUGUGGAAAGACCUUUGCUCAUGACUGUGUUCUUAAAAGGCACAAAAUGAUCCACACAGGAGAGAAACCAUUUAAAUGUAUGGAGUGUGGAAAGACCUUUGCUCAGGACAGUCACCUUAAAAGGCACAAUAAGAUCCACACAGGAGAGAAACCAUUUAAAUGCAUGGAAUGUGGAAAGACCUUUGCUCAUGACUGUGAUCUUAAAAGGCAUGAAAAGAUCCACACAGGAGAGAAACCAUUUAAAUGCAUGGAGUGUGGAAAGGCCUUUGCUCAAAGAUGUAAUCUUAUUUCCCAUAAGAUGAUCCAUACAGGGGAGAAACCAUUUAAAUGCAUGGAAUGUGGAAAGGCCUUUGCUCAAAGACGUAAUCUUAUUUCCCAUAAGAUGAUCCACACAGGAGAGAAACCAUUUAAAUGUAUGGAGUGUGGAAAGACCUUUGCUCAGGACAGUCACCUUAAAAGGCACAAUAAGAUCCACUCAGGAGAGAAACCAUAUAAAUGCAUGGAGUGUGGAAAGACCUUUGCUCAGGACAGUGAUCUUAAAAGGCACAGAAUGAUCCACGCAGGAGAAAAACCAUAUAAAUGCAUGGAGUGUGGAAAGACUUUUGCUCGGAGCAGUAGCCUUAGAAGCCACAAAAAGAUCCACACAGGAGAGAAACUAUUUAAAUGCAUGGAGUGUGGAAAGACUUUUGCUCAAAGGGGUCAUCUUAUUUCCCAUAAGAUGAUCCAUACAGGGGAGAAACCAUUUAAAUGUAUGGAGUGUGGAAAGACCUUUGUUCAAAGACGUCAUCUUAUUUCCCAUAAGAUGAUCCACACAGGAGAGAAACCAUUUAAAUGUAUGGAGUGUGGAAAGACCUUUACUCAGGACAGUCAUCUUAAAAGGCACAAUAAGAUCCACUCAGGAGAGAAACCAUUUAAAUGCAUGGAGUGUGGAAAGAACUUUGCUCAGGAUAGUGGUCUGAAAAGGCACAAAAAGAUCCACACAGGUGAGAAACCAUAUGAAUGCAUGGAGUGUGGAAAGACCUUUGCUUGGAGCAGUAGCCUUAGAAGCCACAAAAAGACACACUCUUAUUUCCCGUAAAAAAAGCCAUACAGCAAUAGCCACUCCUGGGUCCUCAUUUUAGCAACCUCAAAAGGAUGAAAAACUUAAUCAACCAUGAGCUGUUAAGGAUUGAACUCUUGGCUGUGGGCAAUUAGCCUGUAGUACUGCAUUCUAACCACUGACCCACCAUGUUUCCAUACAUUUGUAUGUGUGUGCAUAUUGUGCCUUUCUGAUCCAAAUGAGACAAUGUUGAAUCUAAAAUGAAAAAAACAAAAACAAAAAAGAUAUUUAGACUUUGGAGAAAGUGCAAAGAAGAGCAGCUAAGAGGAUUAAAGGCCUGAAGACUGAAACAUAGGGUUGCAGGAUUUGGGGGAGGCUAGUCUGCAGAAAAGGAUUAGGAGAGUGACCUGAUAGAAGUAUUCCAGUACUUGAGAGGCUGCCACAAAGAGGAGGGGGUCAAUUUAUUUUUCAAAGCACCAGAGGGAAGGACAAGAAACAAUGCAUGUAAAAUAAUCAAGGAGAGAAGCAACUUCGAAUUAACGAAAAUUUUCCUUACAGUGAAGUCGAUUAACCAGUGGAACAGCUUUCCUUCAGACAUUGCGGUUGUUUCAUCACUGGACAUUUUUACGAAGAGACUGGAUAGUCACUUGUCUGAAAGAGAUCCUAUAGGAAUAUCAAUAGAUCCUGAAAUGGUAUAGGAUCUCCUGCUUGAGCCAAAAGUGCGGAUAGGGGCGCCAGUCGCCAAAGCCUUGUACCGGGCUUAGGACUUCAGGCACCAGGGCUCCCUCAAUUCCUGGAUGGACAGAAGGAGAAAGUUUUGUCUCUGGGGGGACCUUUAAAAAGAAAAGAAAAAUAUUCUUCCGAUUCACUAGUGGAUCCAGAAGUGAAUUAAAAUAUCUCUCUGGCAACUCCCAUCCCAUCAAAUUUGAACCUCCAAAUGUUAUCAGUACAUUUUUGUCUAAAAUUCGUUAAGUUUGGGGUUGGGUUGGGCCAUAAAAAUGAUUCAUGCCAUCUGAUAGUCUGUUUCCCUACUAAAAGUAAUCUAUACGAGUUGAAGUUGCUUUCAAUAAAAUGCCAAAUUGAACCUUUUCAAUUUCCACUGAUUUUAAAAAUGCUCCAUCCAUUUUCUUGCUGAAAUAUUUUUUCUCAUCCAGAAUGUGCAUUUCUUGUUCAAACAAAUAGUCACGACUUUCACUUUGU